CCAAUUCCGGGCAAAGCCAAUUGUCAAUCAGCCCAGGUAGCAAUCUGAACAUUUUCUCCUCUCGAAUGAAUCCUCAUGUUCUUCAGAUCCCUGGUGACUGAAGGAUGGUUAGAAAAACGAACAAUUCUAGGAUGCGCCACCCAGCUGUCCAUCCGAGUCCCCUGGCGGGUGGAGAACGAGCAAGACCCCUCCCCCACUAGUAGCAUCACUGCUGCCUUCGCUGUAGCCAGUUGCCCCUCCAUCCGCCACCAAAUUGUCUCGUUUCCUCGACUGUCCCGACUAAAUCCUCGCAAACAUUCAAAGAAUUACUGUCACUGAGAAAAAGAUGGCUGCUACUAAGGAAUUCGGUCUUUUGUGCCUGGAGAACCCUCUCCUCGACAUCCAGGCCUUUGGAGACCAGGCCCUGCUCGACAAGUACGGCCUCAAGGCCAACGACGCCAUUCUUGCCGAGGAGAAGCACAAGCCCCUCUACGAGGAUCUCCUUAACAACUACGACGCCAAGCUCAUCGCUGGCGGAGCUGCCCAGAACACUGCCCGUGGCGCCCAGUACAUCCUGCCCCCCAACAGCGUCGUCUACAUUGGUGGCGCUGGUGACGACAAGUACUCUGCUAUCCUGCACGAUGCUGUCAAGGCUGCUGGCCUGCGUGUCGAGUACCGCGUCGAGAAGUCCGUCGAGACUGGCCGCUGUGGUGUUGUCAUCACCGGCCACAACCGCAGUCUCUGCACUGACCUCGGCGCUGCCAACCACUAUGAUCUCGACCACCUGAAGAAGCCUGAGAUCUGGAGCCUCGUGGAGAACGCUCAGAUGUACUACAUUGGUGGCUUCCACUUCACUGUCUGCCCACCAGCGAUCAUGGAGCUUGCCAAGCAGGCCGCCCAGAGCAACAAGCCCUUCGUCCUCUCCCUUUCCGCCCCUUUCAUUCCUCAGUUCUUCAAGGAGGUCGUGGACGCCAGCGCUCCCUACUGGGACUACAUCAUCGGUAACGAGACCGAGGCCGCCGCCUACGCCGAGUCGCACGACCUGCCUUCCAAGGAGCCCAAGGAUGUCGUGGUCCACCUGGCCAACCUGCCCAAGGAGAACAAGCAGCGCAAGCGUAUCGCCAUUGUCACGCAGGGUACCGACCCUACUCUUGUCGCCAUUCAGGGCGAGGAGGGUGUCAAGGAGUUCCCCGUCCAUGCCAUUGAGGCUGAGAAGAUCAACGACACCAACGGUGCUGGUGACGCUUUCGCCGGAGGUUUCCUCGCCGGUCUCAUGGAGGGCAAGCCUCUCGAGACUGCCAUUGACAUGGGUCAGUGGCUCGCGCGUUUGAGCAUUCAGGAGCUUGGUCCAUCGUACCCAUCUCCCAAACAAACAUACCAGGGUUAAAGCCCAUGGUUCAAUGAACUAAGGAUGAGAGGGCGUGAUGUCUGUCGCUGCAAGAUCCCAGCAAUGAUGGGCAGCAGGCAACAGAACGGUUCGGGAGGGUAAAACUGGGUAAAUGGUUUCAACAACGGGCGUUAUGCUUCCUAGGGUG